UGGCUAGUAAAGAAACAAACCUGUAUUUCAAAUUGUUUGAUCAAUGGAUUAUACAUACAAUUAACAUCUUCUCGUGGAAUAUCAAAAAUUUAGUGAAAAUCGUAUUAAAACAUUCAUUUUUAUUGAUAUCACUUUGUACUAAAUUAAGAUGGCUACCAUACAAGAAGAAGUAAAAAAUUUUAUUCGACGAGCUGUUAUUACAACAGACCCGCAAGAAGCUGUUACGGAAUACUUCUUCUCGAAGCAAAAAGAUCGUGAUGUUAAAAAGUAUCCUGAAUGGGAUAAGCCAAGAGUUUACCCGGCAUUAGAAGUAGUUAGAGCGCGUUGUGAGUUAGCAAAAACCGAAGAGAGAUUACGUGCAAAAUGGGUCGAACAAGAGAAAAAGCGGAAAUUCAUGGACGAGCAAUGGGACGAGAUGAGACGUCAGGAAUUAUUCCUCCGAGAAUCAUUUAUAAAAUUCAACAGAUUCGUGAGGGAAAAUCAAGAAAAACGCGAUCGCGCGGAUAGCAAAAUUAAAGAAGAACGCGAUCGUCAAUCAAGUAGGAUGGAAGAAAUAAAAGAAUUCGAAGAAAAAUUAAGUUACAUGAAUGAUGUUCGAGAUAGAAUGAAGAAAUAUGUAAAAGAAUAUAAAAAAUAUCAUGAUUAUUUAGACAGGGUUAUUGUCGAAACAGGCGAAUUUCAUUCGAUUUCUGAGAUUUUUAAUCGUUACGAAACUUUAAUCGAAGCACGAACGAUUUUGUCCGAGCAUCAGGAUAAAAAUCUCGAGAUAUUAGAAGAAAGGGGAACAGAAAUGCAUCAUAUGACAGAGUCAAAGUCGCAAAAAAUUAUGGGCUUGAAUAAUAAAUUAGCGCAACUACAAGCAAGACGCGAUUGGGCAGAAGUACAAGCUCGUAAAUGGGAAACAAUCGUGGCUGAAAUAAAAGUAACUGCAGCGGAGAAAAAUUUGGAGCACAUGCAAGUAAAAACGUGUUGCUGGAAUCUAUAUCAACAGAUCUGCAAGAGAAAGGAUAUUCCCGUGACUGUAAGCAAAGAUGACGUCGAGCAACAGUUAGAUCAUAUUAAACGAACCAUUCUUGAAUUAAAACGAAUCAUAAGAGUUGCAAAAAAACGCGCAGCGAAAUAAGAGAAUCGUUUUACUUGAAAUUACUUGUCCAGCUACUGUAAAUAAAUAUUCUAAAGAAAUUAAAUAUAUAUAUA